AGAUGCCCGAUCUAAUGGAUCGCCGAGCAACAUCGGCGUCGAUCCCAACAAAUUCGAAAUCUUCAGUGAAACCUCUUCCUAUACCAAAAUUAUCUGAAGGAGGAACACCAAUCGAGUCAGCACUCAAAUCAAAACGUUUCAGUCUUGUACAUAUGCCAUCAAAACAAGAACGACGAGUCACAAUUAGACCGUAUGAAAGCUUCAGGGAAAGGAAAGAAGACAAAAAAGAUUCUAUCACAUUCGGGUACGCUGCUUUGAGCACAAAUGAAGAUGAAUCUAGAAGAGACUUGGAAAUGGAAGACGGGCGGCCUGUCUCACCGUCUCCAUCAAUUUUCUCAAUUUAUGGAGAUGAACCUGGUCCUUCAACGAUUUGUGAGCAACCAGUUGGAGCACAAGCCGACGUUUUUAUUGCCUCCUUAGGCGAAAAAAAGUUGAAUCAAAUCAAGAAAUACCUGGACUCAACGCCUCGUGAAGAACAUAUGUACUUUUUAUGGGUAAAGGAUACGGAAUGCAAUAAGAUAACAGUAAUAUCAAUAAAAACAUUGGAAAAUCACUUAAAGAAUGAUAGUCGUGUGCGGAGAGUAAAAUGGAGGCAUUUAUCAUCUGAAAGAGUUUCCAUUUAUCGAUAUAGUUUGCCUGCGAUCACUUAUGAAAUGAGUUUUAUAAAGUUUAUUAUUCAAGAAAUUUCGAAACUCCAACGUUUUUUUAAUCUCUUCUGAAGGAACAGUAUUAAUAUACACAUGAAGUGGAAGUAUAUAUACUAUAGUGAAACAGUAGAAAACAUUUUUAAAAAUUUAAAAAUUUUUGGUAGAUUUUAUUUAAAAACAAAUCUGAAAUAUCAAUAACGUUUUCGGAGAAUAACCGCUCACAAUAAAAAUUGUAAAUCGUAUAAAGUUUUGUCAGAUAACUUCCAAAAUUUAGAAAAAAAAAUCUGAUGUGGCAAUUCUAUUAUAGAUUAUGUACUUAUUAUUUUUGAUUGAAAUUUAAUGUCAAAAUAUCUUUUUAAAGUUGUUUAAUCUCAAAAUUGUUUUCAUUUCAUUCGACAAGUUUGAAAAAUGUAUGAAAAUUGCCUUGAAUUUUUGAAUUUUUCAUGGCAUUCGUUCAUGACAUUUUUGAGCACUACUUUGCUACAAAAAUUAAAAAUAUUUUCAGAUCAGACACAUUUUUUUCUGUAUAAACAAAAUUUACUUUUUCUAAAACAUGCCAAGAAUUGCUUCACAUCCUUAUUUUUGAAAGAAACACUGUAUGGAAAAAAAUUUCAAAUUCAUAUUCAAAUACUGUUUCAAGUUUUUGACAAAUAACUUCCUUAUUAGUUACAUUCGAUGUUUCUGUCUAGCUCGACAUUUAAAAAACCUUAUUUAUAAGCUAAACUACAAACUAUUGUUUCACUCUGGAAUUAUCAACAUAAACAAAUAUUGAACAUGAUUAGACGAUUGGUUCAAUUUGCAACAUUUCCAGAAAUCCAAAAUGUGUAAAGAAUGUAUGUGCCGUCACAAGAAGCUGUGUCUUCUCCUCGUCUGGCUUGCAUUUGUACUAUUUCUCUGCCUUGUCGUUGUUCUUGGAUCCUUAUCACCAGAUGAUAGAACACAUCCAUUUGCUCAUAAUCAAUCAAGAACAAUUCCACCUCAAUCACUGCUUUUAGCCCAACAACAGCCACCACAUCUUUCAAAUGUUCUUAUGAAUACUUCAUUAGUUGGAUAAUCAAUUCAUAACCCUAUUCUUUUUGUUUUUAUUUACAAAUGUUCUUGUGCCAAUGUGUGGUAAUGAAUUU